AUGUCUUCGAACGACAAGUCGAGGGCCUCGUCGGGCGGCAAGGCCACGUCCUUUUUCUCCCGAUCCAAAAACAAGGCCGACAAGCGAAAUACAAGCGAUGAGGGCCGCUAUCUGUCGGCCGACUACGACGCCUCCAACUUUCUCGCCUCACGGUCCUCGCGCCACCAGCGCGAGUCGUCCGUCCUCUCUGUAGACCGCCCAAACUCACCCGAGUCCGGCAUCAACAUGAUGGCUGGCGUCAUGACCACCAUCCCCUACGAAAGCGUCUCGGCCGGCCGCCGUUCACCCAUACCAAUCGAUUACCUCCCCAAGCCGGACCAGAUGCCCCUCCGCCGCGAACCACUGCCGCACCAGCUGAACAAGGCCACCAGCGACUUCCAUCAGUAUCCAACCUUCGACCCCUCCGCCUCCAAUCUCUCUCUACAGCCCCCGGGCCCGCGCGCGGCCCCGCUCCCUCCCGGCUCGAACUUGACGAUGACUUCGGCCGGUCGCCAGACCCAGUAUCAGCAGUGGGGCCCGUCGCGAGAGAGUGCCGCCGGUAUGUCCCAGAACUCGAGGUAUAAUUCAUAUAUGACGUCUGGGGGUCGCAGCUCAAUGGACCACUCGAGCAUAUUCUCAGGUAAUAGAGAAUCCGUUCCAGACCAUGCCGCCGCCUUUCGCUCAUCAAACCUACUAGCACUCCCCAGUGCAUCGUCCCAGUCCUCGCACACGUCUCAACACUCGCACAGGGACUCGAACCGUCUAACCAAAUCUCCUCAAGGACACCAUGGCAGCGAAGGAUUUGUCUUUCCCAAACCUGACGAUGACAAUGUCAUUGAACAGAUGUUCGUGGCGUUAAUGCAGAAGCGCGGGUGGCACAACCUCCCGGACCAGGCGAGGCGCCAGAUGACGGCAUACCCCGCCGGUAAGAAAUGGACGCUGAUCUACCAGGACCGCCUUACCGAGUGGCAGGGUGAGCAGAAGCGUCGGCAGACAGCCAGGAUUGGCCAGUACAGCAAUCUCGACAUCACCCAGUACUCGGACGAGGAGGGCACACCCGAGUGGUAUGUGCGCAAGGUCAUGGAUAACACCCUCGAUUCUAAGGGUCUAGCGAGCUUGGAGGUCAUCCUGCGGACGCAGCAAAUCGGCUGGGUGAAGCGCUUCAUCGAGUGCCAGGGCCAGGUCGCUCUGACUAAUGUUCUUAUGAAGCUCAACCGGAAGACAGCGCUAGGCCCGACGCCUGAUUCCGCCAAGGUGGAUAAGAACUCGGACAGAGAGUACGAGAUCGUCAAGUGCUUAAAGGCUCUAAUGAACAACAAAUUCGGUGCCGACGAUGCCCUGGCCCACCAGCAAGUUAUUGUGGCCCUGGCCACGGCGCUGAUAUCGCCGCGGCUCCAGACCCGGAAGCUCGUCAGCGAGGUCUUGACCUUCUUGUGCCACUGGGCCGAUGGCGAUGGACACAUCAAGGUCAUCGAGGCUAUGGACAUUGUCAAGAACCAGCUGGGCGAAAACGGGCGGUUCGACGCCUGGAUGCGCCUCGUCGAGGUGACGGUCGAUGGCCGAGGAAAGAUGGGCAGUCUUGUGGGCGCAAGCGAGGAGGUCCGCAGUGGUGGCAUUGGCAUGGAGAAUCUGUUGAUGGAAUACGCCGUCGCCACGCUCAUCCUGAUCAACAUGUUGAUCGAUGCCCCCGAGAGGGAUCUCCAGAUGCGCGUCCACAUUAGGGCCCAGUUCACAGGAUGCGGCAUCAAGCGCAUCUUGAUCAAGAUGGAGGCCUUCCAGUACGAGCUGAUCGACAAACAAAUCGAGCGGUUCCGGACAAACGAGGCUAUCGACUACGAGGAUAUGCUCGAUCGGGAGAACAGCAGCAUCAAGGACAGCAUCGACGGCGAGGUCAAGGACCUCAACGACCCUGUCCAGAUCGUAGACGCCAUCCAGCAGAGGCUGAAGGGAAGCAAGACUCAGGAUUAUUUCAUCUCGGCUCUGCAGCACCUGCUUCUCAUCAGGGAUAACGAUGGAGAAGAGAGGUUGCGCAUGUUCCAGCUCGUCGACUCAAUGCUGAGCUAUGUGGCUAUGGACCGGCGGCUGCCGGACAUGGACCUCAAGCAAAGCCUCAAUUUCACCGUCCAGAGUCUCCUAGACAAGCUCCACACAGACUCGGAGGCCCGCCAGGCUCUCGAUGAGGCUCUCGAAGCGCGGCAAAUAGCGGAUGCCGCUAUGGCAGAACGGGAUGAAAUGAGGGAAAGGAUGGCCCUCGGCGCUGAUGGGCUGGUUGCAAAACUCCAGAAGCAGAUCGAUGAACAGUCCAGGUUUAUAGAAGCCCAACGGAGACGGACUGAAGGGCUCAGGUCUGAGUUGGAGAGCAUGCAAGCGCUCAGGGCCAAGGAGUCACAACGUUACGAGCUGGAGACGCGAGAGCUGUAUCUCAUGCUUCGCGAUGCUCAGGAUGUGGCCGCUUCUAACGCUGCUAAGGUCGGCGGGAAGCCGGGCGACGAGGAACCAGUUCGUAUGCAAGGCAUCCUAGACCGGGAUAGGCUCAUGGAACGCCUGCAGCGUCAAAUCGAGCGCCAAAAGACGCAGUUCAAGCUCGAGGGAAGAACAUGGGGCGAGGCCGCCGGUCCCUCGGACAGACUACGGGCCCUGCGAGAGGAGAUGGACGGCUUUGGAGACGAGUCUCCAAGUACUGGCGCUCCGCCGAGGGACUUCACCAACAGUAUGCUUGGGAGUGUCAAGAGGUCAACCAAGAUACCCAGAAAGCCUCUUGGCCCUCGCGGCGAGCCUGUGCAAAGCGUCAUGGAGGAGAGCGACGAUGCCGCCGAGGACGAGGACGGUGUCGUGUUUGAGAAGCCGAGACUAGUUGAGAUCAAGCGGCCCAUUAUUGAUCCCAAACAAGCCAAUGGCAUGUUCAGCGAGCUCACCGGCAAAGUCAAGAGGUAUGACGCCAGUGACUCUGAGGAAGGAGAUGGCGUUACUACCGGCCCAUCCCAUCCAAGCUUAGAAUCUCAAUCUCCUGUCACGCCAAGCGACAACGAGCCUCCCAAGAUCCAAAUCACCAGUGCUUCGUCACCAGCACAAGGUCCUCCGCCUCCUCCACCGCCUCCCCCUCUACCUGGGCAGCUCCCAGGAGUCCCCCUUCCGCCGCCGCCACCACCGCCUUUGCCUGGCAAGAUCCCGGGCGCCCCACCACCCCCGCCGCCGCCGCCGCCGUUGCCCGGCAUGCUCCGCGGUGGCCCCCCACCCCCACCCCCGCCGCCUCCUCCCAUGCCUGGCAUGAAAGGAGGUCUGAAAGGAAUGCCGCCGCCGCCUCCCCCAAUGCCAGGCGCUGCUAUGUCGGGUCACUUCUUAUCUCAGCAACCGGCAUUUACCGUAACACCCUCCCUUGGCUUGCCGGUUGUGCGGCCAAAGAAGAAGCUAAAGGCUCUUCACUGGGACAAGGUCGAUUCACCUCUCACUACUCACUGGGCUGCUCACGCACCCUCGGCUGAAGAGAGGGAAGAGAAGUAUCUCGAGCUCAGUCGCAAGGGUAUUCUUGACGAAGUCGAGAAGCUCUUCCUGGCCAAGGAGAUUAAGAGGAUCGGAGGAUCAAGCGCCAAGAAGGAUGAUAAGAAACAAAUCAUCUCGAACGACCUGCGUAAAGCUUUUGUAGAAAUCGCACUGUCCAAGUUCUCGCAAUAUUCAGUCGAGAGGGUGGUGCAAAUGAUCAUUCACUGCGACAAGGAUGUGCUGGAUAACAAUGUGGUCAUGGACUUUUUGCAAAAAGAUGACCUGUGCAACAUCCCUGACAACACAGCAAAGUUGAUGGCGCCGUACAGCAAGGACUGGACGGGUCCUGAGGCCAACAAGGAAAAUCGUGAACAAGACCCAGCCGAGCUCACGAGGCAGGAUCAAAUCUACUUGCAGACGGCGUUUGAGCUGCAUCACUACUGGAAGAGUAGGAUGCGAGCUCUCGCAUUGACCCGCAGCUUCGAGCCAGACUACGACGAGAUCACAGAUAAGAUGCGCCAAGUCGUCACCGUAUCCGAGUCCCUUCGGGACUCGGUCGCGUUGAUGAACGUGCUUGGUCUGAUUCUAGACAUCGGUAACUACAUGAAUGAUGCCAACAAACAGGCGAGAGGGUUCAAGCUUUCGUCCCUUGCCCGGCUGGCCAUGGUCAAGGAUGACAAGAACGAGUCGACCUUAGCCGACCUCGUAGAACGUAUUGUACGCAAUCAGUACCCAGAGUGGGAGAUGUUCGCCAGCGACAUUUCCGGCGUAAUAGCGGCGCAGAAGAUCAACAUUGAGCAGCUCCAGGCGGAUGCCAAGAGGUACAUCGACAACGUCCGGAAUGUUCAGAUGUCACUCGAUUCGGGCAAUCUCUCGGACCCGAAGAAGUUCCACCCGCAAGACCGCGUAUCGCAGAUUGUUCAGCGCUGCAUGAAGGAUGCCCGUCGUAAGGCAGACCAGAUGGAACUCUACCUGGAGGAGAUGGUGCGUACCCACAACGACAUCAUGGCCUUUUACGGCGAAGAUCCGACAGACGACAAUGCCAGGCGCGAGUUCUUUGCCAAGCUUGCCUUGUUCGUCAGCGAAUGGAAGAGGUCGCGUGACAAGAACAUACAGCUCGAAGAGACGCGGAAGCGCAACGAGGCGUCGAUGAAGCGCAAGCAUGCCCAGCUCAAGUCGACGGCAGCGGCUGGCAUAGAUGGGGCACCAGCCAGCCCGACCAGCACGGGCGCCAUGGACAGCCUGCUCGAGAAGCUCCGGGCGGCGGCGCCGCAGACCAGAGACCAGAGAGACAGGAGACGGAGGGCGCGUCUCAAGGACCGGCACCAGGUCCGCGUUGCUUCAGGCCAGCAGAUUCCCGACCUGAACGAGAUCCCCGAAAUAGAGGUGGGGCUCCAGACCAAGUCGAACGAGGACUCCGGGCGGACAGACGAAGAAAACCCGCUGAGCCCCGACCUCCUCAGCCCUACCAAGGAGGCCGAGGGCGAAGAAGACGACGUUGCGGCACGCGCGGCGCUGCUGCUGCAAGGUAUGAGGGGCGACGGCGCCGAGGACCCGGCCGACGCAGAAAAGCGAGAGAACCUGAGGAAGUCGAGGAGGCAGACGGCAGACGAGGAGAGGCGGACGAGGAGGCGACGGAGGGAAAAGGCGCAGUCUAGUGUGAGCAACGGAGACGACGCCAGGGACGAGUCGAUGCCCGAUAUUCCGGCUUUGCCACCCACGCCAGGUGCCGAUGGGGAAAACGCAUUUUGA